UCUGUUCUUAUUUUGAAAUAAAACAAUUUCAAAUCUUAAGGAAUUUUAGGUGAUUAUUUCGCAAUUCCAUUUAAAAAUGUCAGAGUCAGUGUGUUGACGUCACAGAAUUCGUAAUUUUCAUUGGUUCCUCAAAUCAAGCUUUCCAUUGCAGUGACCGUCGGACACGAUGGCGUCGACGAAGGUUUCCAAGUCUAAAGAGGACAAGAGGGCAGACAGCUACAGAUAUGCUGUCACACCUGGUGGAGAUGAUGGCAAGAAAAAGUCCAAAAAGACAAAGAAGAAGGAAAAUCUUGAUGAACUUAAACAAGAACUUGAAAUGGAUGAGCAUAAAAUACCACUUGAAGAAUUAUAUGAAAGACUAGGAUCUGAUCCCAAUUCGGGUUUGAGUUUAGAAGAAGCAAAACGUAUUUUAGAAAGAGAUGGUCCAAAUGCUCUAACGCCGCCACCUACGACUCCGGAGUGGGUGAAGUUUUGUAAACAAUUGUUUACUGGGUUCUCGUUACUAUUGUGGAUAGGAGCUAUUUUAUGUUUUAUAGCUUAUUCUAUUCAAGCUUCUCAAGAUGAAAGUCCACCAGGUGAUAAUUUAUAUUUAGGUGUUGUAUUAACAGCUGUAGUAGUUGUCACUGGUUGUUUCUCUUAUUACCAAGAAGCCAAAAGUUCUAGAAUUAUGGAUUCCUUUAAAAACAUGGUUCCACAAUAUGCAAGAGUACUCCGAAGUGGAAAUACAUAUGAAAUAAAAGCUGAAGAGAUUGCAUUAGGAGAUAUAGUUGACGUCAAAUUUGGAGACAGAGUUCCUGCUGAUGUCAGAGUAAUUGUAGCUCACAGUUUCAAGGUUGACAAUUCCUCACUGACAGGAGAAUCAGAACCACAGACCAGAAAUGCUGACUUCACCAAUGAAAAUCCCCUAGAGACUAAGAAUUUGGCUUUCUUCUCUACCAAUGCUGUGGAAGGAACAUGUAGAGGUAUUGUUGUAAGAACUGGUGACCUCACUGUGAUGGGACGUAUUGCUAACUUAGCCUCAGGAUUGGAUGUUGGAACAACACCUAUUGCUAAAGAGAUUGCUCAUUUUAUCCACAUAAUUACUGGUGUAGCUGUAUUCUUAGGAGUGUCAUUCUUUAUCAUUGCAUUUAUCUUGGGAUAUUUCUGGUUGGACGCUGUUAUCUUCUUGAUUGGUAUCAUCGUAGCUAAUGUACCUGAAGGUCUCCUGGCAACUGUCACUGUAUGUUUGACACUGACAGCCAAACGUAUGGCUAGCAAGAAUUGUUUGGUAAAGAACUUGGAAGCUGUAGAGACUUUGGGAUCCACAUCAACCAUUUGCUCAGAUAAGACUGGUACCUUGACACAAAACAGAAUGACAGUUGCUCACAUGUGGUUUGAUGGUAAAAUUGUUGAGGCUGAUACCAGUGAUGAUCAGACAAAUGCUACAUACGGAAGAGCAGAUGAGUCGUGGAUGGCUUUGUCAAGAAUUUCUAUGUUGUGUAACCGUGCUGAAUUUAAAGGAGGCCAAGAUAAUGUUCCUGUAUUGAAGAGAGAGUGUACUGGUGACGCAUCAGAAUCUGCUUUAUUGAAGUGUGUUGAAUUGUCUAUUGGAAAAGUAACAGAAUUUAGAGGCAAGCACAAGAAAAUCUGUGAAAUUCCCUUCAAUUCUACCAACAAAUACCAAGUAUCUAUUCAUGAGACAAAUAAUCCCAAUGAUCCACGAUAUCUCUUAGUGAUGAAAGGUGCACCUGAAAGAAUCCUUGACAGAUGUGGAAGUGUCUUGUUUCAAGGUAAAGAGAUUCCAUUGGACGACAACUUCAGGGAAUAUUUCAACACUGCCUACAUGGAAUUAGGAGGUCUUGGAGAAAGAGUAUUGGGAUUCUGUGAUUAUUUCUUGCCAUCUGAUCAGUACCCUAUGGGAUAUUCAUUUGACUCUGAAGAACAGAAUUUCCCAUUGUCUGGUCUUAGAUUUGUUGGACUAAUGUCUAUGAUUGAUCCUCCUAGAGCUGCUGUACCCGAUGCUGUAGGAAAAUGUAGAAGUGCUGGUAUUAAGGUUAUCAUGGUUACUGGUGAUCAUCCAAUCACAGCUAAGGCUAUUGCUAAGGGUGUUGGUAUCAUUUCUGAAGGAAGCAAGACUGUUGAAGAUAUUGCAGCUGAUCGUGGAUGUCCAAUUGAAGAGGUAGAACCAAGUGAAGCUACUGCAGCUGUUGUCCAUGGUUCUGAUCUUCGUGACAUGACCCCAGCACAGAUUGAUGAGAUCCUAAAGAACCAUCCUGAGAUUGUAUUUGCCAGAACUUCACCACAACAGAAAUUGAUCAUUGUAGAAGGUUGUCAGAGACAGGGACAGAUUGUAGCUGUAACUGGAGAUGGUGUCAAUGAUUCUCCUGCUCUCAAGAAAGCUGAUAUUGGUGUUGCUAUGGGUAUUGCUGGUAGUGAUGUCAGUAAACAGGCAGCUGAUAUGAUCUUGUUGGAUGACAACUUUGCCUCCAUCGUUACUGGUGUUGAAGAAGGUCGCUUGAUUUUUGACAAUUUGAAGAAGUCUAUUGCCUACACUUUGACCUCCAACAUUCCUGAAAUUUCGCCAUUCUUGUUCUUCAUCUUAUUGGAUAUUCCCCUGCCACUAGGAACCAUCACCAUUCUUUGUAUUGAUUUGGGAACUGACAUGGUACCAGCUAUCUCCCUUGCUUAUGAAGGACCAGAAUCAGACAUCAUGAAGCGUGAACCUCGUGAUCCAGUCAAGGACAAACUUGUAAAUGAAAGAUUGAUCAGUAUGGCAUAUGGACAGAUUGGUAUGAUCCAGGCUUCAGCUGGUUUCUUUGUAUACUUUGUCAUUAUGGUAGAGAAUGGAUUCUGGGUAUCCAGAUUGUUAGGUCUUCGUGAGGAAUGGGAUUCCAAGGCUGUUAAUGAUCUACAGGAUUCUUACGGACAGGAAUGGACGUAUGGACAGAGAAAGAUUCUAGAAUACACAUGCCACACAGCUUUCUUCGUUUCCAUUGUCGUAGUACAAUGGGCUGAUUUGUUGAUCUGCAAGACUAGAAGAUUGUCCAUUGUUCAACAGGGAUUGAAGAAUCACCAUAUGACAUUCGGCUUGUUCUUUGAGACUGCACUAGCUGCAUUUAUGACUUAUUGUCCAGGAUUGGAUAAGGGACUUCGUAUGCAAAACCUCAGGGCCUCAUGGUGGUUCCCAGCCAUGCCAUUCAGUUUAGCCAUCUUUAUAUAUGAUGAAAGUAGAAAGUUUAUACUGCGCCGAAACCCUGGUGGAUGGGUAGAGAGAGAAACCUAUUAUUAAAAACAGUGUGUUGUAAAGAGACCUACACAAACUUUGUACUUAGUGAUACAAAAAUUUUAGAUUUUUUUGAAAAGUGUCAUUUUAAAGAUGUUCUUAACUGAAUUUUUAUCCAGAUCAUUUUACCGUUUUAAUAUAUUGUUGAAAAUAUUGUGAAAGAUGCAUGAUUAAGACAUGGAAGUAACAGGAAAAUUUUUGCAUUUAAUAAAAUGGUGAUGAAUGUAUAGUAGUAAGAAUUGAUGAAGUUAAGUUUUUUUAUGUUUUUCUUUUCCAAUGAUUUUGUGAUUUAUGCACACAGUGGUUAUGUGUCAUGUGUCAUGUGAUAAACCAACGUCAUCUUCACACAUAUGUAUGUUGUAAGAUUUGUAAAUACAUCUUUUUUAUUAUUUUUAGAAUCAGAUUAUUUUAUUGUUCACAUUCGACUAGAAAUAAACAUUUUAAAUUGGAAAUCUGGAUUCAUUCAGUUGAACAGUUGAAAUUUGUAUGUUUUGGUUGAAUGUGUAAAUGUCAUGUAGAAUGCGAAACUUUUAUAGAAAGUAGUCUUUUACCAAAAUGUUUUUUUGUAUAAUUGCUCACAUAUCUGUACAUAUAAUCUGGCGAACAUUCCACAAACAUGAAUUUCAAGGCAUAAUAUAUUCAGAUACAGAAAAGCAGUUCAAAUGAGAAUUUUGACAUAAAGCUGACAAAAAAUUUGAUUUAGUCAAGGGGAUCAUUAUAUGGAAUAGAAUCAUAUUAUAGCAAAAUUUAUAGUUUUAAAAUGGAAUCUCAUUUCUGAUUGUUUGUUGGAAAUAUACAAGAUAACAGCUGAUGUCAGUCAAGGUUAUAACUUAAAUAAAAAGCAUUUACUGUAAUAGUUUGAAGGUCCUUUGUUGUCAGUGCAAUAAUGGUGACGGGGCUUUAUAACAAAAUCAUUAAAAUAUAUCUAUAUACAUUGAACAGAGAGAAAAGUAGAGAUAAAAAAAAAACAUGCCUUUAGGGGGAAUUAGUUUUGUAUACUAAAAUUUCUAAGAAGAGUUUAGAGUUACAUAUAUCCAAGGUAUAUAACAAAUUCUACAGGGGACCUUCAAAUAAUGUAGUACUUGUAAAAUGUAGAUUAGAAAAAGAAUAUGUGGCAUGUUUAAAAUAUUCCCUAUACUAUCAUCCUACCUGUAUUAUUAGAUGAAAGUUCUAAACCCAAACUCUCAAAAACAGGUUAAUUUUAUUACAUAUGUAUAUACAAGUCUGAAUUGGUUGUGACACUAAUACAUGCUACAGAGUAUAGGUGAUAUUUUAAACAGAACUAUUUCUAGGCAAUACUCCAGAGCAAUAAGAUGCCUAAAUUUUGAAUCUCACGUGUCACAUAUCAUCUGAUUCAUGUGAACCUGUUUUUGUACCUCAGAUUCUUCUGGAUGUAUUACAGAAUAAAUUUCAUUAAAAACUUUAAAUAAUGUAA